UUAUACUCCACUAUUCUGGAAAAGGGAAAACUACUCGACAGCAACAUCCAAAUACCAAAGUACAGGGAUGAUACUGCAACUUUUCCAAAAAACUCAAAACCCACAGAGCGAUCCCUCGUGCAGUUCAGUGCAAGAAAAGCCGUCAAACUCACCGGAAAAGUGAUCCAAUGUCCUCAUUCAACACUCACCGGAUGUAAACAUUUUUCUACACAUUCCCCAUAAGCACAAGAAAUGCUCUCCCGUUCUAAAACCCCAACACUUCAAUUCCUCUAUGUCACUCUCAAGCACGCUUUUUUCUCCACAAAUACACACCAAAAGGUUCCUAAUAUAUCAACACUUUCCAAGAUUCCAGCAAAAUAUAGACCUCAAGCCAUUUUACAAGCUCAAGAAGUACUCACUGAUUACUUCCAUAAUACUAGAUCUUUACCUUUUACUUUUGCUGAAUACAUUGGUAAAAAUUCAAGAUUUUCUCUUUUGGGUCUUGUUUCUAAAGUCCCAUUUUCUCGUAAUCGCUUUCCUAAUUCAAUUCAGAGGUUUUUAAGGUACCAUCCUAUUAAUGAAUUUGAGUUUUUCUUUGAAAGUAUUGGUGUAAAUUAUGUAGAGAUUAGUCCUAUGUUGCAUUUGAACAAAUGCUUCUUGUGUGAAGAUUCUAAAGUUUUUAAUGCUGCUUGUGCUCUUGCUUGUUUUGGUUUCCCUUGGAACAAAUUGGGUAUUUUGUUCAAAAGGGAAGUUUCUAUUUUUAGUAAAGAGCCUUGUGAAUUGAAAGAGAGGCUUUCACAUUUUGAACGAUACGGGUAUGGUAGUAUUGCUGUUAUUGGUAUUUGCCUAGCUUUCCCGCAUGUGCUCGGGGAAAGGAGUGAUUUUUUGGACGAAAUUGAUAUGCUGUUUGAUGAUUUGAAAAGGGUGUUUUUGGAUUUUAAUCUUGCAAGUUGUGUUGAAGGAAAUGUGGAUUCUUGGUUCGAGAUUUGUAGGAAAAUUGCAAUGUUUUAUGAAUUGGGUUGUGAGAAAGGGAAGAUUGGUGAAUUGAUGGGAAGAAAUAAAAGUAUUUUUGUUGAUUACUCUGAAGAGCUUUUGGCUCAAAAGAUUGGAUUUUUUCGUAGACUAGAUGUCAGAAAAGAAGAAGUUGGACUUUUAGUACUGUCGAAGCCUGAGAUUUUGAGUUUUGAUUUGGAAGUUCGUGUGAUUUCGACAGUAGGAUUUUUGAAACAUUUUGGGUUGGGUGUAAAUAAACUAAAAUUGACUGCCCAAACGUACCAAUACAUUAUGGGUAGAAAUAGAAUAGCUAAUGUACCUCAUAUUUUGAGAUCAUUGGAUCUAAGUGAAUGGUUCUUUGACAGACUAAAAAACGGUGGUCAUGGUCUCUUAUGUAGCUAUGUUAUUGGCAGUGUUGAAGUUGACGAAGAUUAUGCAGAGCAUUUGCAGAAAAUUCAGGCAUCCAGAACACCCGUUUAUACCCUUCGUAAAUUAGAUUUCUUGCAUGGGAUUGGCUUUGGAGAAAACAAGCUGACCAUGAAAGUAUUGUCCAAGUUGCAUGGGCCAGGUGUUGAGUUACAGGAACGGUUUGAUUGCCUACUUAAUGGUGGAGUUAACUUCUCGACACUCUGUAAAAUGCUUACAGUGGCCCCAAAAAUUCUGAACCAGAAAGCUGAAAUUCUUGAGCAAAAAAUAAAAUUUCUUUUCCAGGAUAUGGGGUUAUCUCAGGAGGAGCUUUGUGCUUUUCCAGCCUGUUUAUGUUAUGACUUGGAGAAGAGGAUAAUUCCCCGUUGCCAAUUCCAUAGGUGGCUUAGAGAACAGGAUUGGUGUCCGUAUGAAUAUUCACUUGCAAGCAUUGUUGCCACUAGUGAUAAAAUGUUUAUGGCUCGUAUCACUGACAUUCAUCCAGAUGCCCCUAAAAAGUGGUUUAAUAGUUUCUUGAAGGAAAAUCACUCAACAAGUUGCUAAGGUACACCAGAGCUCUCAUUGUUGGUCAAUCUUUUAGAUGGUUAUCAAAUGAAAAGAUCUUGACUUGUACAUCCUUGUUGUUUUAUGUUCUGGGUAGCUCAUUGUGAGAUAGAUUUUAAAAUUGUGUUUGCUUGUGAAUUAAACAAGAGAUGUAACUUCCAUUGUUGGCAUUAAUUAAUAAUAAAAAGGCAAAUAUUCCAUAUCUAUCAGAAGUUUGGUCAAUGUUGUCUUAACAACAACAACAUACCCAAUGGAAUCCCACAAUGUGGGGUCGGGUAGGGUAGAGUGUACGCAGACCUUCCACCCACCUUGAAAGGUAGGGAGGCUGUUUCCGAAAAUUCCACAAGUUUGGUCAAUGUUGUCUUCAAAGCGUAAAUUGGUGCCGUAAGUUUUGAACAAUCAGAAGCAGGCAUUGUUCAACGGCUAAAAAGUUGUUUUCUUGGUUUUUCAUUUGUUGAAAAUGAUACUCCUAAUAGUAUUUUGAUCAUGAAGGAAAGACGGUUUCAGUGCGAAAGGACUGAUAUUGAUGUCUUUUUGUGUAAUUGUGAUUAAAUGUGUACCAAAUCAGAUUUUGUCUAACUGGGAAGAAAUGUUACUUGUUAUGUAUCCAGUUGUAUCUUUUUUUUUUUUUUUUUUGAAACCGGUAACUGUUAUCCACUUGUAUCUGGAGAACAAUUGAGUGGGACUACGAUGAAUACAUUGAAAACUGCCUGCAGUUAAGUUGAUCUGCCCCUGCUCUUUGUUCAAGGCCAAGAAAUUGAAUCUAAAGAAACCAAAAUAGUCUCAAUGUUAUGUAAUAUUAAAUGACUCCUAGACUACAACAACAACAACAUACCCAGUAUAAUCCCACAAGUGGGGUCCGACUUUUUCCUGUGUUAUCCAGGUGAUUUUCGUUUCACACCAGCUCAAGCCGGCGGGGGCAAUUAAGUUUAAUUCCUAACAGAGAGCUUUGAAGAAACGGGUGAUUUUUUGGUUUCUAACUCUUAACGGGUGAUUUUUUUUGUUUCUAACUCUUACUCUUAUGCCCGUGCGUUAAUAAUAUUCUGUACGUUAGUGUGGUGAUAACAGUCAUAGUAUCUUGACAGCUUGGCUCACUACAUUUGAUCUAUUUAAAUUUUAAACUAUAACUAACUAUUAGAUCACACAUUUAACGCUGUUUAGCACCAAACUCUGUCUGAAGGAUUAAAUUCAUGAUUACGAGUUGUGGACAGGGAGUAAGAAAGGUAGCAAAUUCACUUUGCCCAAUCAAUUCAUUUUCAUUUAUAGUGACUUGUCAAAUUUUAGCAUCCUGUAUCAUGAAUAUUAUUUCUCUAGCAUAAUUGUGAAUAUAGUGAGAGUUACAGUCCCUUGGGGGAAAUCUGAUAAAAUAAGUGAAAGUUACUACCUAGUGUCCAAGAAUCAAUAGUCACACUUAACACCCUCUUGAAUAUUUAAAGAUGUCGAUAACGAAAAAGAGGCUCAAUGGACAUGGCAUGCACCGGUCGUUUACUUCCUUUACUUCCACAUAUUGGAGAUAUAUUCUCCAUUUUUUUUUUCCGUUUUUGUAGUUUGGUUCUGUUGUAGGUUGAACCUUAGUACAUCUAUGUUUUCCACAUCACUAAUCACUCUAUUGCUGCUAGAAGUGUCAUUCACUGGUUGAAGUUGAAACUGGAAAAGAAUAACUUUGAGGUUUUAUCUCGCUUACUGUAUUCCUUUCUUUUUGAUUUGUUUGGUUCUGAUGACAACUACAUCCAAAUUGAAAUACUGUUAUUAUUAUAAGUUUGUAACAUCUCGUUCAGUGUAGACUUUGGAGAAUUAUUUGCAAACAAUCGUGUGCACUGAGUGUUUGCAUCUUCUGUUUCUGCUGGAGACAUUGAAGUAAUAGUAGAUUAUUUAUGCGAUGUUUACAACUGGAAUUUAUGUUGUUUUCAAUAAAAACAUUGAUUUUAUGUACUAUUCAAGUGUGUUCACUGCUUCGGUAUAAGUGCUCAUGCACAUUGAUGGACAAACACUCAUUUACACUAUUAAUAAGUGAAGGUUGCUUGGCAUGAUGAAGGGUAUAGUCGUAAUUAUUCGUUGUUUUAUGGCUUAAUUAUUAACUGCCGUUUAACCUUGAAUGGCGAACACGUGUUUUCCUUGCUAGAAUUUGCAGACAUGUCUUCCUUGCUUUUCUCUUUUCUCCAUUCUCCUCUUGUAACUUGCAAGUCUCAGAGCUUCAACUGACUGCCAAGUCAUGCAGCAAGGGAAUCGCUGUAACCUUUUCCUGGAUUCAAUUGAGAACAAGGGAAACAAGAAAUUAAAAGUGCUCUCACCGAUUCUCCAGGAUAAUUCCGGUGAAGAUUGGUUGGACGGAUCCAGAGUAUACAGGUGUUCUCUGUUGCAUCUAAAGGCUUGUCAGGGUGAAGAGAAUUUUAUAAAGUCGAGCGUCUUCAUGUCCCAAAAGAGGAGAGGGGAGAAGAGAAGAAUGUGAAAGGAAAAGGAAAGUGAAAUGGUCAUACUGGUUGUUCUAGUUAUAUGAUUUAACUCAAAGCUAUGAAGGGAAGUCAAGCUGACAUAAACAGCCAUUCCAUUUUCCAUUCUCAGGCUUCCACUGUUAGCAACAUUCUAUACUUGGGUAAAAAAGUAACUUCCUUUUCCUCAUCAAAAGGAAGAAUAGCAAGAGAGAUAAUUGGUGCAUUAUGAGUUUUGAGAUCAAUAAUGCUCAAACAAACAUUUUAUCUAUUCUGAUGUGAUUACAAGGAUUUAAUAUGGAAAACUCAUUGUAACAUGAUGCAGAGAAUGCUCUAAUAUGAAAAACUGCAGCUCUUAAUUAUUUUA